AAACGUCGCUUAUCUCCGCAUAUAUACGUCCGCCUCCUCGCUUCCCGUUACAACAGUACUUCAUGCUGUAUACAAACUUCACUAAAAAUCUAAAACUCCAGAAAAAUUCACCAGCACGCUUGCCAAUGUUGACCAUUAAAAUGGAUCACCAUGUGGAAUUAAAGCUUUGUGUGUAACUGUGUUUAUCAAUGUGUAAAGGAAACUCCAUGCUGCAUUUAUUGUUGGAUGUAUCAGCAUAAUUUCUGAUUGAGCAUGCAUACACAUUAACAUAAAAAAAUCCACUUAUUCUUAUUGAUAUAGUUAUUAGUAAUUAACUGAGUAAUGAUGGAAGGCUUCAUAAGGUUGACUCAACAUGUAUAUGAUUUUUGUUUUUCAAAACUAUUGCAAACAAAUGAAAUUUUAAAGUGACUGAACAUUUUGCAGUGUAAACUGAUUCCUAUUAUUCAAAGUUAUUGAUGCGAUUGGUGCAAGGUAUGAGUAAGAACCCAGAGUUCACCAACAGCAUGAUAAAUGAAAUUAAUAUUUGAUGAUUUGUAAUUGUGAAGCAACACUGAGCAUGAGAAAAAAGGUUACAAACAUCCAGUAUACUUAUUUCUAUAUAUAAAGUAACACAUGAUGAGCAACCUCACGCCAUUCUAAUUCUCUGGAUUUAAACUUAUGCGGCAUUUACUCUGUCUUUUCAGACUAGUUGGCUGUAACCUCACAACAGCAUCUUGUAAAAAACUGUCAUCAGCUCUACAAUCAGUAAUCUGCUCCCUGAAAGAGCUGGACCUCAGUUACAAUGCCCUGCUGGAUUUAGGAGUGGAGCUGCUCUCUGCUGGACUGAGGAGUGAACUGAAGACACUGAGACUAGAUGGCUGUAAUCUCACAAGAGUAUCUUGUGAAAAACUAUCAUCAGUUCUACGAUCAGUAAACUCCUCCCUGACAGAGCUGGACCUCAGUAGCAAUGAUCUGCAGGAUUCAGGAGUGGAGCUGCUGUCUGCUGGACUGACAAGUUCACAUUGUAAACCGGAAACACUCAGACUGUCUGGUUGUAUGGUUACACUCAAAGGCUGCUCUUCUCUGGCUUUCGCUCUUAAAUUAAACACCUCCCAUCUGAGAGAACUGGAUCUGACCUAUAAACACCCAGAAGAGCUUGGAGUGAAGCUUUUGGUUUCUGUGUGUAUAAAAACGUAACAUGUCAAAACGA